AUGGGAUUUGGGAGUCCAAAGUAUACACCUCAACCCCUGCAUCACAUCUUCUCGGCGGUACUAGUAUUCUUGCAUGGAAUCCGACAUGCCCGAUCGGUCAUCGCAGACCUCUACGCGGUUGAAGAAAUCGAAGACAUUAUGGAAACGUUCUCUCAGGCUUCUGCCGUCACGGUUGAACGACGGCUCGCGGCAACUCGAUGCCUGGAAGAAUACAAACGCCUAUUGGAGCCAGUGAAGCAGGAUUAUCUGACCUACACCACCUCUAGACAAAGUCUCGGGGACAAUAUCCAUGGCAACGCAAACUCCACGCUCGGUGACUUGAAUGCACCAGAAGAUUCGGGACGCUACAUGACUGCGUUCUUUGAAUCCGUCGUCCACAUGCCGAACGAACACUUCCACAUCUUCGACGAGACUAUGCCUCUUGACUGGGAUUCAGGAUUCAACCUUGAGACGCCAGCUGCUUACGAAUGA